AUGGGAAAGAAUGCCAUUUUUACAUUGCUGGCAAUUCUUUACUUGCUUAUCAACAUUGUUGCAUCUCUAAAUAGCUCCAAUGAUGAAUAUGCUCUUCUAGCUUUUAAAUCUCAAAUAACUUCUGAUCCAAACAAAAUCUUGGCAAAAAAUUGGUCACAAGGAACCUCGUUCUGCAAUUGGAUUGGCAUUACUUGUGACAGGGGACAUCUAAGAGUUAAGGGCCUGAAUCUAACAUAUAUGGGUCUAGGAGGUACUGUUGCUAAAGAAAUCGGUGAACUUUCCUUGUUGAGAUCCUUAAUUAUUAGCAAUAAUAAUUUUCAUGGGUUUAUCCCUAAUGAAAUUGGUAAGUUAAGCCAGCUUCAAGAAAUAGAGAUGCAAUACAAUAAGCUAACUGGUUCUAUUCCACCAAGUAUUGGAUUUCUUGAAAAUCUACAAAAGUUAACUAUCUCCCAUAAUGGUCUCACCGGAAAUAUUCCUAAAAGGAUUUUCAACCUCUCUUCUCUGAUUGAAGUUAGUUUUGGAAACAAUGGUCUCUCAGGAAGUCUACCAAUGGAUAUUUGCUACAAUCUUCCAAAGCUAGAGAGGCUAAGGAUUUCGGUGAAUCAAACAAAUGGCAACAUUCCUCCGAGCCUGGGAACAUGCACAAAUCACGAAAUUCUUUCUCUAUCGAACAAUCAUUUUUCUGGAAGAAUUCCAAUGGAAAUAGGGAACUUGUCAAGGCUUCAAGUUCUCCAUCUUGGAUCAAAUAAUUUGACAGCCAAUUCCUUUAGUGGACGACUACCCAUGAAUCUUGGGAAUUUACAGAACCUACAGAAGCUAAGUUUUGAAUAUAAUCAGUUGACAAAUGAUCCUUCAAUGCUGGAAUUGGAUUUUCUUACUUCAUUGCAAAAUUGUCGGAAGUUGAAGAGUAUAAUGAUGGGAAUAAAUUCAUUUAACGGAAUGUUACCAAAAUCCUUAGGUAAUUUGUCAGCAUCUGUUGAGAUUUUAUCUGCCGAUAAUUGUGGUAUUAAAGGAAUCAUUCCGAAUGAAAUUGGUAAUAUGAGCAACUUGAUCGUGUUACGCAUUGAAGGUAAUGAAUUGACAGGAACAAUUCCUGGCACAUUGGGUCAACUAAGAAAAUUGCAAAAGCUGAGACUUGAUGUCAAUAAACUAGAGGGGUCAGUACCUGUCAACCUUUGCAAUUUGGUAAAUCUGUAUCUUCUUGAUUUGGGGAAUAAUCAGCUUUCUCAAUAG